CGUCAAGGUCUCCGGCUAGGGGGAGGCAGUGGAAUGUGUUGGGGCGGUGUGAGCCUGCGUUCACUUACUUUAUUCAUAUACUGAGUCCAACUAAGUGAGGACAGCUGUGGUCAGCUAAGUGAGGACAAAUAAAUGAACCCAACUAAGUGAGGGUAACUGCGUUCAGCUAAGUGAGGAUAAUUAAAUGUCUCCAACCAAGUGAGGACAAAUAAGUGAGGACAACUGAGUUCAGUUAAGUGAGGACAAUUGAGUUCAAUUAAGUGAGGACAACUAAGUUCAACUAAGUGAGGACAAUUGAGUUCAAUAAAGUAAGGAUAAAUAAGGGAGCCCAACAAAGUGAGUGCAAAUAAGUGAAGACAACUAAGUGAGGAAAACUGACUACAAGUGAGUGAGUGCCACUGAGUUCAACUGAUUAUACAUAUCUGAGUACAAUAGACUGAGUAUAACGAACUAAGUUAAACUGAAUACAACGAACUGAGUGCAGCUGACCUGAGUACAACUCAUCACUGACUUAGGUUAAGAUAUCUUGUAUUUAGCGUAAUAUUUAUUAACCACAAGAUAUACUGAGUACAACUAGCUUAGGUUACCUUGUGUGUGUCUCACGUUAGGGUCCAUUAAGUGAGUCGUUUAGGAGAACAUGGAGGAACAUGAUGGUGCUAUAGAAGGAACUAAACGAGAACUUACGGGUACAGAAAUGAGGGAAGACUUUCGGAAGUCAACACCAUCUGCAAGGGUUGGGCCACCUGCUGUGCUACCAGGAGAGGCUAGAUCUUGGGAGGCUGGACCCCCUAAAAAACCAAUUACACCAACUAAAAAAAUUACCAAGCCACCUGUAUCAUCUUCUGAGAAGGUGGAACCAUCUACAUCACCAUCCAGGGAGGCUGGACCAACCCUAAGACUUGCUGGGGGACACCCUCUAGAACCAGAUGGUGGACCAGCACUACGACCAGCUGCUGAAUCAGCCCUACGACCAGCUGGUGGACCAUCUCUAGGAUCAGCUGGUGGAACACCUCUUGGACCAGCUGGUGGAGCACCUUUAGGGUCAGCUGGCGGACCAGCCCUAGGACCAGCUGCUGGAACAUCUCUUCGACCAUCUCGUGGACCACUUCUAGGACCAACCGGUGGAUCAGCCCUACGACCAGCUCGUGGCCCACCUCCAGGACCAGCAGGUGGAUCACCUCUUGGAUCAGGAGGUGGACCAUAUCUAGGACCAGCUGGUGGACCACCUCUGGGACCAGAUGGUGGACCAUCUCUAGGGCUAGUAGGUGGGUCACAUCUAGAACCAGCUGGUGAACCACCUCAAGGACUAGCUGGUAGACCACCUCAAGGACCAGCUGGUGGACCACCUCUAGGACCAGCUGGUGGACCACCUCAAGGACCAGUAGAUGGACUACCACUAGGACCAGAAGGUGGACCACCUUUAGGACCAGCUGGUGGUCCAGUCCUAGGACCAGAUGGUGGGCCACUUCUAGGACCAGCUGGUGGUCCAGUCUUAGGACCAGCUGAUGGACCACCUCUAGAAUCUGCUGGUGGACCAGCCCUAAGACCAGCUGCUGGUUCACCUCCAGGACCAGCUGGUGAACUACGUCUUGGAUCAGCUGGUGGACCAGCUCUAGGGCCAGCUGGUGCUCCACCUGGGGUGCUGCUGGUGGGUAUGAGCAAGAUGCGAGCCACUGGCAAUGCUACAACUCUAACUCGACUGUGCUGGCAGGUUGGGGCGGUGGGGUGGGUGGGUGUGAUGCGUGAACCGAUUGACCUACCUGACCUGACCUCCCUCCAGCAUCUGGUCCAGACCCACAACAUCGUCACUGCUUUGGGUCUUCACGCCUACCGCACAGCUGACGUCCUGCUGGCCUGUAAGGAGCUGGGGAUCCCCUACGUGGUGCUGUUCGGAGGUACUGAUGUGAACGAGUGCGUAAACGAGGCGACCAAGAUUGAGUUGAUGACUCAGGUGGUGUUUGGAGCGAGUCAUCUGUUGGGCUUUGACAUCUCCAUGACACACAAAGUCCUACUUACCUGG